AUGAAUCCCGAUCGACGCAACGGCCGCCCCUCCUCGCCCGGCGAGUCCUCCAGCAGCGGCCGCCGUGGCCAAUCCGACGACUUCGUCCCGCGCCGGAAUGCUGGACCCGGAUACAUGACGGUCGGCGGCGGCAGCACCACGAGCGACGCCGCCGCCCGCCUCGUCUCGAUGCUCGACGAGGACUCUGGCUAUGGCGGAAGUAUGCAAGACGGCGAAGGCAGCGGCAUGAAUUGGCGGUCUAACAUUGGCGAAGACAGACCAUCACCGAUGCUGUCUGCCGGGUCAGGGAACGCCGAACACGAACGCCAGCGCAGCCAUGUCCUGCAGCUGCGCUACAACCAGAACAAGAACGCCCUCGGCCGCGCCAUUGCUGGCACCAUCGAGACGCUGAAGAGUUUCCAAGAGAUGAACCUGAAAUGGCCGGCCCACUACCCCUCGGUCCAGGUGGCAGAAAAGCAAAAAGCACAUCUCCGCAACGAAUCACGGCCCGGCCUGCAGCACACACAGUCGGCCAUGGGCAACUUCGACCCCGACAUGCGCUCCCCCGAACGACCACGAGGACCCCGCCGAGCGGGCACGACGAUUGGAGAUGACUUUGGCGAAUCGAGCUCAACCGCCGAACAGAAACGCAAGGAGGAGCCCAGACUCGUCACGCCACAGCUGGCCCACGACUUCUCCGUCCUGAAGUUGGAACUGCGCAUGGGAGGCCGGAACCAGACAGACCUGGUACACUCGCUCGAGAAGAACUCGGUUGCUUCUCUCCUCGACGGACAGAUCCAGCAGAGCAUACGCCACCUUUUCUCUCUCAAAGAGCGUAUCGAGGACACAUCGAGCAAGGUCCUGGUCACCGGAGAUCUCAACGCCGGAAAGUCAACCUUCUGCAACGCUCUCCUCCGACGCAAGGUCCUUCCCGAAGACCAGCAGCCCUGCACAAGCAUAUUCUGCGAGGUGCUUGACUUCAGAGAGAACGGCGGAGUCGAAGAGGUCCAUGCGAUUCCCAUCGGCUCGACAUACAACCGCAACGACGAGAGCACCUAUGUUGUAUUCGACUUGAAGGACCUUGAGAAGAUCGUCAUUGACAACGACCACUUCUCACAAUGCAAGAUCUACGUCAAGGACAUCCGGGACGUGGAUGAAUCUCUCCUCAACAACGGAGUCGUCGACAUCGCUCUCAUUGACGCCCCGGGUCUGAACGCCGACUCUCUAAAGACGACCGCCGUUUUCGCUCGCCAAGAAGAGAUUGACGUUGUCGUCUUCGUCGUCUCUGCCGCCAACCACUUCACCGAGUCCGCCAAGAACUUCAUCUUCACCGCCGCGCGAGAGAAGGCAUACAUGUUCAUGGUGGUCAACGGCUUCGACACCAUCCGCGAUCAGAACCGUUGCCAGGAAAUGAUCCUGAAGCAAGUCGCCAAUCUCAGUCCCGCCACAUUCAAGGAGUCCAGCGAACUGGUGCACUUCGUCUCCAGUAACGCCAUUCCCAUGGGUGGAGGUGGGAGCCCCCCGGAUGACGACGGCGACGAUGACCCCUCUGACAAAGGAAAGGGCAAGGAAGCAGAGAAGCAGCGCGACUUUGCUGAUCUCGAGGCCUCGUUGCGACGUUUCGUAUUGGAAAAGAGGGCGCGAUCCAAGCUGGCACCCGCCAAGACCUAUCUCCUCAACGUGCUAGGAGACAUGAACAACCUUGCCACUGUCAACCGAGAUGUCUCCCAGAGCGAAUUGGACCGUGUCACCAAGGAGAUCCAGGCGCUCGAGCCCGAGUUCGAAGAGUCAAAGAAGUCGCGGACAGAAGCCGGAGAGGCGGUUGAUCGUAUGGUCGAGGACACAACAUCAGACGUCUAUGGUUACACCCGGGACACGCUCAACAACUCUAUCGCCAGGGUGGCAGAGCAGGAUCUUGGCAUCGAAUACCCUGGCCUCUUUUCAGCCUACCAGUACGCCGAGGACAUCAGAGACUCCAUGCUCCACGAGAUCACCGAAGCGGUUCGCUUGUGCGAAGAACAUGCACGAACCCAAGCGGUACAAGGCUACAACGGCAUUAAGAACUUGGGUGUUUUACAUCUUGGUAACAACCUGUAUGCCGAUGUCAUGUUCCGCCCAGAGAGGAUGUUUAGGAAGUCAGUGCACGCUCUCGCGCGCCAAGUGGACAUCGACAUCGACCUAUGGGACUUCUUCGAUGUCGCCAGUCUAUGGGAACGACAAGAAAAGGCUGCCGGUGCUGGUAUGGCCAUGACUGUUGCCGGUGUAGUAGGUGGCAGGUUGGUCGGCGGCGUCGGCUGGCUAGACGGUGCCCUUGGUGCUGCAAAGGUCAUGGGUACAAGCAACAUGAGGAGACUGAUCAUCCCCGGUCUCAUCGCUGGUGUUGCUCUCGGAGUAUCAUACGUCCUGGCUUCCGUGCCCAAGUCGCUACCUCACCGCCUCAGCGCAAAGCUAUCUCAACAGCUCUCGGCGAUCGACUACACACACUCUAACGCCCUUCGCAUCAGCUCCGAGGUUCGCCGUGCACUCAAGGGCCCUGCCAACGAUGUCCGCAUCGGCCUACAGAGGAACGUCGAGAAGCUCCAGCUGCAGAAGGAGGAGACAACGAAGCUCAAGGCGGAAACCGAAAUCGCUCGCAAGUACUUCGGCAACCUCGUCCGCAGCAGCAAUGACCUGCGCCAGACGGUCCAGCGUGUUGACCUGGAGGCUGCGCCACCAGCGAUUAGCAGCCCGAUGCAGUAG